AUGGCUGGCCAUUUUCGCCAGAAUUAUGUUUCAAACAGCUACCCCGACUUACCUCAAUUCAGUGGAUUUAUGAAGCCAUGUCGGUUCGAAGGAGAAGUCCAGAACGUUGAAGUUCAUGGUUCUAUUCCUCCAGAAAUUAAUGGAACAUUUUAUCGAGUCAUGCCCGACCCCAAAUUCCCUCCAUUUAUUGAGAACGAUGCGUGGUUUAACGGCGAUGGCUGUGUCAGCGCAUUCCGAUUCCACGAUGGACGGGUUGACUUCCAGCAGCGAUUUGUUCGAACGGAAAAGUUCGAAAGGGAACGUGAAGCGAAUAGGGCUCUAGUUGGCAAGUCGCCCUGCAAAUACAGAAACAAAUACACCGAUAUUGUCAGUUUUAAAACCCGUACCACCGCCAAUACCAAUAUCAUCCAUUUCAAUGGCAACCUUUUAGCAUGUAAAGAGGAUGGAUUGCCAUAUGCCAUGGAUCCUGACACACUGGAGACGCUUGGACUUUGGGAUUUCGAGGGCCAACUGGAGAGUGCCACAUUUACUGCGCAUCCUAAAUUCGACCCGGAAACAGGUGAAAUGGUUUGUUUCGGAUAUGAAGCUAAAGGAGACGGCACGCCUGACGUGAACUACUACACCUUUGACAAAAACGGCAAGAUGCGAGAAAAUGUCUGGUUGGUGGCUCCAGUGGUGGCGAUGAUCCAUGAUUUUGCCGUGACUGAAAAUCAUGUAUGUGUUUGGUAUGCUAUCUCUUCAGAAACUUACAAGUCGACGCAGGUUAUAUUCCCACUGAUCCCGCACACUUGCUCACUAGAGCGUAUGAAAGCCGGGGGCGAGCACUGGCAAUGGGAUCCUACGAUCCCCUGCUACUUUGGAGUUCUUCCACGUCAUGGCCCGAAGUCAGAAGAUGUCAAGUGGUUCCGGUCACGAAAUGCCUUUCCGGGUCAUGUCGCGAAUGCCUAUGAGACCGAGGAUGGUCAAAUCACUAUCGAUCUCCCAAUGAGCGAACAAAAUGUAUUCUUUUGGUGGCCAGACAAAGACGGCAAUGCCCCCGCUCCAACUGAUUUAUGCAGUCAAUUGAGUCGAUUCGUAUUCGACCCGCGCACUGAUGAUAUGGACCUGCCGGAACCUUUAAUACUUGCAAAGGCAGAUGUCGAAUUCCCCCGAAUUGAUGAUCGCUAUUCCAUGACGAAACAUAGAUAUUGUUUCAUGAAUGUUAUGGAUCACAAUAUGGAGACGAACUUUGCGGCCAUUGGACCCGUCAUGGGCGGGGGCUAUCCGCUUUAUAAUGCGUUGGGACAACUCGACCUCAGCACUGGCGAGAUGAAGAAGUACUUUGUUGGCGGCCAGUCUAUGGUUCAAGAGCCAGUGUUCAUUCCCCGAUCGAAAGCGGCAAACGAAGGCGAUGGUUACGUCAUGGCCUUGGUUAAUCGAUACGAGACGAUGUCUAGCGAUCUGGUCAUUUUAGAUGCUAGAAGAUGGGAGCUCGUUGCAGAGGUGAAAUUGCCAUUGCGGCUGCGGGCGGGCUUGCAUGGAAAUUGGGUAGACGCAAGUGACUUGGCUCGAUAG